AUGGAGCCUCAAACGAAUUCGUCAUCUUCCUCCUCAUUAUUGUCCGAGAAUGCCGUUUUUGAAAAGUGUUUCAAGGACAUUUGGCCAUUCCCAGUAGAUUCGGACCAAGACAGCAUCAACCAGUUUCUCCAGACGGAACUAAAAUGUCCGACUAUCGAUGCUCUUUUCCCCUAUAUGUACUGGGUUGCCAAACGUUCAGGCAUGCAUAUCGACGCCCUACACAACAAUCUUGUCAAGAACAGAAAAGUCGUCGUGACAGAAGACCCAGAGCUGCAUCUGAUCUGGCAUAAGAACACCAUUUGGAUUAAGCCUCUGCCACUAUGGCUGCUCGAUAAAGAAUUUUGGGACACAUACCUCCCAAUAACCACUGCAACCAGCCAAGAGGCCUCAGAAACACAUGCUCGUCUUGAUGCCACAGGCUUCAUCCGUUCAUAUACCCGUCUCAUCCGCCACGAGAGCGACUUCCUCUUAGCCCAAGAAAAGCACAUCAUUUCAAAGGAGAGGAUAUCUUUUGCGGAUUUCCAACUGCUUACUCUGCCUUUUCGCGACAAGGGAGACGAUGAAGUCUCCAAACGCUACCACUACGGCCAGAUUCGCCUCUCACGGCUUAACUGGGCCGUCCGAUUCUUCCAACCCUCUAGUCGCCGCUAUCACGCCACACUCGGCCGUCUUUACUAUCAGCAACUGUACUGGGACACAAGCGCUUUUCUUCAGACCUCGGUCGCUCCCUUCGUCUUCAUCUUCGGUACUCUUUCGGUCAUUUUAUCCUCUAUGCAGGUUGCACUGGCCGUUGAGACCGACACGCAGAAUAAAUGGGGCGAGUUUUCAUGGGCAAGCUGGGUCUUCAGCAUUGCCGUCCUGGUUUUCGUCGCCGUCCUCUUGGCAGUCUUGGCUCUCAUAGUGGUGAUCUUGUUACUUGGUCAGGCAAGUUGGGGUUGGCGGCAUGGUAAUCCAAGUACAUCUAGAACCAUGGCUUAA